AUGUAUGUAAAGCAAAAUAUCUCUUCAAGAGAAAUCUUUAAUGAUAAUAACGGUCACUACAUUGGAGUAGAAAUUUCAUUACAAAACAAAAAGAUAUUGCUUGUGGGGAUUUAUGGUCCACAAGAAAGAAAGGAGAAAUACUAUGCAGGAAUAUUUAAUUUGCUCUCUAAUUUGGACUAUACGGAAAUAAUAAUGAUGGGGGACUGGAACGCCGUAAUUAAUCCUGAAAUUGACAGAUCAAAUGAUAAAACAAGGGAAAAAAAUCAAGGAAAACUCCCCUCAUCUUUUUUCAAACUAAUGGAAAAUCAAAAAUUAAUAGACGUUUGGAGACAUCUCUACGGAGGAGCCAAAGAGUACACCUUUUUUUCUCAUGUACAUCAAACCUUUUCCAGAUUAGAUUUUUUUCUAGCCUCUAAAACUCUAAUGACACAAAUUCAGAAAAUGGAUAUCAUUCCAAAGCUGAUGUCAGAUCAUAACCCAAUAUCCUUGAAAUUGAGGAAAGUGAAAAGUUAUUUUAGUUGGAGACUGAAUGAAAAAUUAUUACAAUACCCAGAAAAUGUAACUAAUGCAAGACAAAUCAUAAAAUGGUACUUCGAAGAAAAUUCAGGAAAAGGAACAAGCCCAUUGAUUGUAUGGGAAGCUUCAAAAGCAGUUUUGAGAGGCUUUUUUAUAAAAAUUAACUCUGAAUAUAGAAAGAAACGUGAACAAAAAAUGCAAAAAGUUACAGACGAAUUGAGGAAAAAAGAAGAGGCACACCAAAAAAACCCAACCGAUACUAAGAUCCAAAAUGAACUAAAAAUGGUGCAGAAACAGUUAUCAAUGUUAUUAUCAGAAGAAAUAGAAUACAAACUUAGAUGUCUCAAGCAAAAAAACUUUCAAUUUGCAAACAAGUCUGGGAAAUGGUUAGCUUAUAAAUUAAAGGAAAAGAAAAGCAGAAACGAAAUAACCAAAAUUCAAGAAGGUGGUAAGAUCCAUAUGGAUCAACAAAAAAUCAAGAAAGCAUUUCUAAAAUUCUACGAGAAACUGUACAAACAAGACCCAGAAGAUCUUAAUAAUAUAAAUCAAUAUGUACAAAAUGCGAAUCUAAUUAAAAUAUUUCAAGAACAAAAAGAUAUAUUAAAUCAGCCAAUCUCCACGGCAGAAGUUUUAUCUGCUAUACAGAAAAGUAAAUCGGGUUCCGCUCCGGGUCCAGAUGGCUUCACCUCAACAUAUUAUAAGACCUUCCAGAUGGAACUGGUAGAUCACCUUAAAAACUUAAUGAAUGAUUUAAACCAAGACACCUUCCCGAUGACAUGGAAAGAAGCAGUAAUCACGUUAAUACCUAAAGAAGGUGAAGUGGAUAGUUCGCUUGAUGCUACAAUUACAUCUUUACUCAUAAAUUCUUCACAGCCAAGUCAUACUGUGGGAAAGCACAAUAAGAAACAGUUUUUGGAUUCCUCAAAGAAUUUUAAAAACUUGAAUCGGUCUGAUGAUGAGUUGGACUCUCUGUGUGACUUAAGCCAACUUGAUAUAGAGCCAGAGUUCAAUGAAAAUUUUCUUGGAAGUAAUGAAACUCAAACUGGAGGCUCAUAUUCAGAAAUAGACAUUACUCUGCCUUCAAGUCUGACAGUGGCCACAUGUUGUGAUUAUGAUAGUGGCACUGAUGCAGUAAAAGAGAGAGUGAGCAUUCAUGAAACACAAGAAUUAAUUGGGAAAAAACUGAUACCAUCUCACUUCAGUCAAAUUUAUCAUGAAUUAUCAAUCAUACAUCAAAAACUGCAGCAAGAAAAACUAAUUCAGCAAGAAUUUGCUUUGCAACUCGAAAAACGAGAACACUUCUUAGCUGAACGAGAAGCCCUCCUUUGUAGACAUGAAGCUGCCUUGACCAAGAUAAGAGAUGUAGAAGAGGAAGUUCAUACAAAAUUUCAAAUUAUGAAGGAGCAACAUGAAGCUGAAAUUCAGCAAUUAUCUGAAGCUCUGAAUGAAAAAUCUAAAGAAAACAAAAGGCUUAAGACAUCGUUUGAAACAUUAAGAGAACUGAAUGAUACCUUAAAAAAAACAGGUAAUGAUGUAAGUGAACAAAACAAGAAGCUAGAAGUCCAGUCUCGAAGAGUACAAGCUCGUUUAGAGAAUUUGCAGAGGAAGCAUGAGUUUUUAUCAAUACAGAAGUCCAAAGGAGCUUCCCAGUCAGCCCUGAAGCAUAAAACUGUCAAGCCAGAAAAAGUCAUCAAAAUGUACAAGAUGCCUUUUAAUUCACACAUCUACGACCUUUUAACAGUAUUAAUGGAAUGGAUUUCAGAUCAGCACCUCAACAAACUGAUAGUAGAGGAAGAGAAAGAAGAUAUUCACAAGCGAACAAGAGCCAUCACUCCUACCAAAAACUAUACACAAGAUAAGUGUAUCAAGUGUUUGCCUCUAGUUGCUGAACAGCUCCAGUGGAUGCCCUUUGUGGAUCCAAACUUGCACUUCCAUGUGGUUAAAUUUAUUUACUGGACUUUGAGACAGUUAGAUGGGAGGAUGCAGUAUGCAGCAAUGACAUCAACAAUGCGAAGAAUGGGUGAAGAUUUAUUUAAAGGAGUUGUUGCUAAGGAAAAUCAGUGUACUUCUUCUGAACAUGCUACUGAUCUCAAACCAAAGUCAGCAGCUUUCUUCAAAAGCUGCAGUUUACCUUUAAGGGUAGUGUCAACUUUAAUUAUAAUAAAAACAGUGACACAAGCUGAUUACUUGGCUCAAGCCUUUGAUUCACUUUGCAUUGAUCUGAAGACAGAUGAAGGGAAAGCCUUAUUUUUGGAUUAUGAAGCUGUGCCUAUUAUAUUAAGUCAUAUUCGAAUAUCAAAUAAAGGCCUACUUUCCAAUGCCAUUGAUAGUUUACUUCAGAUGACAACAGAAUCCAGGUUUUUGCAUCGGUUUCUUAAAGCUUGCAGUAACGAGGCAUUUUUCCGUACUUGUUCAGUGCUGCUUCGAAAUCCUAAGCUAGAUACUCAGAUACUGGAAAAACUCAGCAUUCUGCUGCAAAAGCUAUCAAAAAUCAAGAGCAACAAGAAGAUGUUUGAGCUGUUUACUAUUCACCUGAUGAUUCAAGAGCUACAGAGGACAGCACAUCCAGAUCAUGCUUUUUUAGUUAUAAACCUCAAUUCAAUUCUCUUUAAUUUGGGUUUGACAAAAAGCCAUCAUCUUUCAAAUAGUUUAAACCAGCAACAAGGUGCAUUGGAUUAAGGUUUGUUUCUUGUAAAGUAAUAGAUUCUUUGGAGCAGAUAAGUAGAGUCUUUUCAAGGCUGUAUUAAAUUUGCAUUAAAUAAACUAUUGGUUAUUUUA